GCGGGGGGGUGCCGAGAGGUGCGGGUGGUGCGGGGAGAGGGAGUGCGGCGCCGGUGGUGCUUAGGCCUACUGGGCCGAGCGAGGAGGGGGAGAAGGGGAAGGGGAAGGCGGCGUAUCAGGAUCUUGAUUCGUUCUACGCCAGCGAGAGCGAAGAGGAGGACGACGAAGAGGAGGAGAGCGAAGAUGAAGAGAGUGGCGAAGAAGAGGAAGAGGAGGGGGAGGGGGAGGAGGAGGGUGGAGAGGAUGAUGCGGGUGGACAUGCGAAUGGACGAGGAGCUGUUGAACCCGGCGAGAACGAGGAGGAGAGCGAGGAGGAGAGCGAAGACGACGAGCCACAACCUUUUGCACGAAGAGAUUCAUGA